AUGAACGAUGAAACAACUCUGAAUGCCGUGUCGUUUGCCAACAUUCUUGCGGGAGUGGAGCGAAUGCGGCAACAGUAUGGUACUUCAGAACAGAAUACAACGAACAACCAAGUACAACCUGAGACUAUCAAAGAACGACCACGCCGUAAACGUGGACCACAAGAAGGAGCUCAUAUAGGGAAUAACAGCAAUACAGAAGGCUCUAUAACUGUGGAAGGUAAUACUACAAACCCCUCGACGGACCAGAUGCACAAUAGACCAAUGAAUAGAAGACGUGAUGGGCGAAUGAUGGGCCGUAUCCAAGGUCCAAGUGAAAUCUUGGUUGCCAAAUCUCAAAAGGGUAACCCUUUAUUCAAGAGUCCACUAAUGAAAACUGCCAGUUGGCGAUUUGAUGAUACCAUUCUUUCAGAUUACUAUAUAAGUCCCACCAUUCAGUUUUUGUUUCUUUCAUUAAAAUACUAUAAACUCCGUCCCGAAUAUAUUUGGAGACGAAUAAAGAAUCUAAGACAGGGAACUUCGACUCUGGCAGACUCUCUCAAGGAUAGUGUGUUACGUAUUUUGCUAGCUGUGGUUGAUAUUGAUUCCCAUCAAGAUGUUCUAUGCAAACUUCUGGAUAUUUGUAUUAAGAACGAUAUGACAUUAGUGGUGGCAUGGUCGUUUGAAGAAGCGGGAAAUUAUAUUGUAUUUGCCAAAAGACUAGAUACUGCUCCAGCCAAGAGGAAACGCAUUGAAGGUGUAAAGGCCACAGAUUAUCAUUCUGUCUUUGUCGAUUCAAUAACGAGCGUCCCUCGGAUCAACAAGUCUGAUGCAGCAAACUUGAUCGGAGCAUGCUCAUCAGUCAAGGAGAUUGUGGUUCAGAGUUGUGUACCUGAAGAUCAGAGUCGUUUAAGUAAUAUUAGUGGGAUUGGGAAUGUUAAAGUUCAAAAUUUAAGACGAGUAGUCUCAGAACCUUUCAUUUACAAUAAGGAGUAUGGAGAUAUGCAAUUAUAG